ACCAGCAGUAUUGUCUAUUGAAGACUUUUUUGCUUUUCAUCACGACUCAGUAUCAUAUAUCAUUCUCCGAGAACACACCUUUCUUCCAGCUUCCCAGACCGCCGAGCUCCCCCAAUGCCAACUCCUACACCAAACCCAUUCUUCUUCACGGAAUCCCGAUUGAGUCGGUGUUUAUUUUCCAUUGGCGACGCUAUCACCAGUGCCGUCAUCGGCGCCAUGUGCGUCGGCUUCGUAAAGCGGUUUUUGAACACCAAAGUGGAGACGGAGAAAUCGCAACCUUAUAAACCAAUUAUUCCAGGCAAAAGCACCAAAAGACCAACACCUGGUGUCACAGAGCUUCCAGCUCAGGAUCCUGAUCCAUCGGCACUGCCAGCCAGAAGCACAAAACGAAGACCAGUUCUUCCGGCAUUGGAUAUCCUAGAGAUCAACGCAGAGUUCAUUAAGGAUAUACAAAUAUAGACGUUGCAGGCUUAUGACACGUCGGAAAUGGAUGACUAUCACCGAAUCUGCUCCUUGGUGUUAGGCUCUAUACAUCGUUCAUAUUGAAGACAGCUAUAAAUCCAGCUUGCGACACAUUUUUGCCUCUAUGAUAUUGAGAGUG